CAAGCAUGAAAGCAUGGAGUCGAGCGGCUAACUGGACUGUUUGAGCAAAUGGUACUUUCAUCCAAGUUUUGAAAGAGGAAGCAUGGAACACCCAGCUUGUAUUUUGGAGGAAUUGAAGCAGUUUCUCGUAAAUGAUGCCCCACCAACAGUGUAUUACAUCCCAGAUUUCAUAUCGGAGGAUGAGGAGUCCUACCUUCAGCAGCAAGUGUAUAAGUCUCCAAAAACUAAAUGGACUCAGCUGUCAGGCAGAAGGCUUCAGAACUGGGGAGGGUUACCGCAUCCUAAAGGCAUGCUGGCAGAAAAGAUUCCUGACUGGCUCCAGAUGUACUGUGAGAAAAUUUCCUCUCUGGGUGCAUUCAGUGGUAAAACAGCCAAUCAUGUGUUGGUGAAUGAGUAUAAACAAGGGGAAGGGAUCAUGCCUCAUGAAGACGGACCUCUGUACCACCCAACUGUCACCACCAUCAGCCUGGGCUCUCACACCCUCCUUGACUUCUACACACCCAUCAGCAGGCUGGAGGGCGAUGCACCGCAGACGGAGGAGAGCCGCUUCCUGUUCUCCCUGCUGGUGAAGCCUCGCAGUCUUCUGAUCCUUCAGGAUGAAAUGUACCAGAGUCUCCUUCAUGGCAUCCAGCCCUGCGCUCAGGACACGCUAACCGACAAGGUGGUGAACCUAUCUGCUGCCGGGGCGCUGCCAGGAGAGACGCUGACCCGAGGCACCAGGGUGUCACUGACCAUACGACAUGUGCCCAAAGUUAUGAAGACGAAGCUUAUACUGGGGAGGAAAUGAAGAAAGGACUGCAUGUUGACCUGAUAGUUUGUUAUAGUGCUACAUGCUGUGUUUGCUACGGACACAAUCAGUCAUAAUAUCAAUGGGAAUCUCCAUUGACACCUCUGGAGCAUCAUCAUCAAAGCCGACAAUACACAGAGGGGUUGCAACUAGAAAUUGUUUAAAUUAUGGAUUCAUCUCUUAAUUAUUUUAUGGGAUUAUAGGAUCUCUGCUGCAAAUAUUUAUGGGCCAAAUAAUGACAGAAGAAUGGUGUAAAUAUUCAUCAGCCACAAAAAUACUCAAAUAUUCCAUUUAUUAUCAGAAAGCCAAGCAUAAGAAUAUGUGCAACUCUGAGACUGUAACUACCGAAUAUUUGACGCUUGCAGUUGAUUAAUGUCUGUAGUCAUAAUUCAAGUGGAAUCAGUUUUUGUUGAUCGAUCAACCUCUUGUUUCAUAACUACAUGCAUAAAAUAGAUAUAAAAUUAUCAUUGGUUGUGUUUGUGUAUGCAUUGUUUAUUUUAUGGAUUUAUGUAAAAGCUACAAACAACAGAUAUACAUGCCCAAAUUUCAGGGUUGCUUAUCAAAAAAAGAGAUUUUUUGUCAAAACUAUCAGGUCAGUCUCACAUAUCUAGUAUUGGUAUGACUAUAAAUCCAUGUUAGUUCCACACUAAGCAUCCAGAUAUCAUUCAAAUUAGCACGUUUCCAUUGACGCAGAUACGGAACUGUGUUGCAUUUAUUGUACAAAUGGACUGCUCUAUAUUUGAGGCCUGAAUAAUCUACCCUCAGAAACUAGAAAUGCAUGAAAUGGCACAUCCAGUGUGUCACUUAUAAACUAGACUGUGGGAUUGAUCAUUGUUGUGUGUGAAGUUAGAACUGGCCUGUUUUGAAUUAUAAAAUCUACCUUGAGUGUUGGGACACAACCUGCCGGCUGAUCUCUGUUAAGGAAAUAUCAUGAGGCAAAGCAGCAGCACACAGGCCUUUAGGGCAAAAGCUGUUGUGUUAAAUAGAUCAGUCUUAGUUUCACAACUGAAAGGCUUUGACAUCAUGUGCUCUGUCCUGAAAUUCACUGAUUUUGUGUCACUUUGGUGUGAAAUACUUACUUACUCCAUACUUCACAGGAGAA